CAUCAGUUCCUCCGUAUUCAAGGAGCCGUUGGGAAUGUUUCCUGGUUCCUUGAACAGAUUAAGUUUUUGUCAAGAGAAAAGUAGAACAGAAGAAAAAGAUAGCAGAGCCAAUGCAAGAAACCACCGCCAGGAACAAAGUGAACAAGGUCGUUGAGGCUGAUCAGACACCACAACUCGAGCAGACUGCCAGGGAGCCGCUGGGGGCCAAGCUCCAGGAAGCACGAGCCCCUCAUUUUGAGAUGACCACCACCUGAGAGGCAUUUUGUCACACAGUUGGGAACCGCGUGGUGCAGACCUGGGUGCGGAGGAGUCGGCGGGUGUCGCGUGGACACGAAAACUCCCCGGAGCCGCAGUCGCCGCGGGGCGGCCUGGGAAAGUCAGCAGCGCCGUGGUGGGAACCGCAGCCCGGCGGCCCUGAAACCUCCCUGGUCAGAGGAGCUGCGGGGCUGGGACCCUGGAGGGAAGGGACCAGGGGUGCGAGCUGUUUCUCAUAAGGAAAUUGGCUCUGAAGUUCUGCUGUGGAUGUCUUCCCUUGUCGAUAAAUUUCAGGGUCAACUGAUCACCCAGACCUGCUCACUGUGCUGCAGAAUAAAGAGGCCUGGAAGAUGGAGAGGGACGAUACAGUAGCUAAGGAUGCAGGGCAGCAAGCCAUCUAUUCAUUGCUCCUGAAAGAGAAACUUAAAGAGAAACAGAAAGAAAUGGCUGAUUCUCCAGUAAACUCCCAGGGUCUGUUGACAUUCAGGGAUGUGACUGUGGACUUCCUUCAGGAAGAGUGGGAAUGCCUGAACUCUGCUCAGAGGGCUUUGUACAUUGAUGUAAUGUUGGAGAAUUACCACAACCUGCUCUCAGUGGAAAACUAUUACGUAUGUGAUCCUGUCCAUCAACAUAUGAAGACUGAAAAAGAGUCUUAUCAGUGUAAUAAGCUUGAUGACGUGCUUCAUGACCCCAUCACAUGUGCAUAUUAUAGAACAUGUGAUACAGUAAACUCUAAUAACUACAGAUGCAGUAAUCACGGGGAUGCCUCUAUUGACUCAUCAAACCCAGGUAGACAUGACAGCAUGCACACUGGAGAAGAACCUUGCAAAUCUAAAGACUAUGAGAAAUCUUUAAAUUUGUGUCCCAACAUUACUCAAGAUGAGAGAGUCUACACUGCAAAGAAAGAGCACAGGCAGGGAGAAUGUGGUGACACUUUUGGUUCUAGAAACAGUCUUUUCCAACAAACAGUCUACAUCGGAGAGAAACCACACCAAUGUGGGAAAUGCAAAAAAUCUUUCAGUACUGCCUCAAGUCUCACUGUACAUCAGAGAGUUCAUAAUGGAAAUAAACCCUACAAAUGCAACUUUUGUGGCAAAUCCUAUAACCAUUGUGCAAAUCUUAGAAUACAUCAAAGACUUCAUACUGGGGAGAAACCUUACAAAUGCAAAGAAUGUGGAAAGUCUUUUCGACAGUUUGCAGCUCUUAAAAGCCAUCUGGAAAUACAUACUGGAGAGAAGCCUUAUAAAUGUAAGGAAUGCAGCAAAUCCUUUGCCCACCUUUCCAGUUUCAGGAGACAUCAGAAAAUCCAUACUGGAGAGAAGCCUUACAAAUGCAACGAGUGUGACAGGGCAUUUACGCACUGUGGAUCACUUAGAUGGCAUCAGAAAAUUCAUUCUUUAGAGACAUUUUACAAAUGUAAAGAAUGUGGUAAGUCCUUUCUUGAAUUAUCACAGCUUAAAAGGCAUCACAGAAUCCAUACUGGUGAGAAGCCUUACAAAUGUGAGGUCUGUGACAAAUCCUUUACUGUGAACUCACAUCUUAAAAGACAUCAAAGAAUUCAUACUGGGGAGAAACCUUACAAAUGUAGGGAAUGUGACAAAUCUUUUACUACAUGCUCAUAUCUUAGAGAACAUCAGAAAAUUCACACUGGGGAGAAACCUUACAAAUGUAGGGAAUGUGACAAAUCUUUUACUACAUACUCAUACUUCAGAGCACAUCAGAAAAUUCAUACUGGGGAAAAACCUUACAAAUGUGGAGAAUGUGACAUGUCUGUAACUCAGGGUUUUGCUCAUAGAGAACAUCUGACAAUUCAUACUAGGGAGAAACCUUACAGAUGUGGAGAAUGUGACAAAUCCUUUACCCAGCGUUCACAUCUUAGCAUACAUCAGAGAGUUCAUACUGGAGAGAGACCUUACAAUUGUAAGGAAUGUGACAAAUCAUUUACUAGGUACUCCUACCUCAGAGCACAUCACAAAGUUCAUACUGGACAGAAACCUUACAAAUGUAAGGAAUGUGAGAAAUCCUUUAUGGACCACUCACAGCUUAGAAGACAUCAAACUGUUCACACUGGAGAGAAACCUUACAGUUGUAAGGAAUGUGACAAAUCCUUUACCCGUAGUUUAAACCUUAGAAUACAUCAGAGAAUCCACACUGGAGAAAGACCUUACAGUUGCAAGGAAUGUGAGAAAUCUUUUACUACAUGUUCAUUUCUUAGAGAACAUCAGAAAUUUCAUACUGGAGAGAAACCUUACAAAUGCAAAGUCUGUGAGAUAUCCUUUAAUCAGAUAGUGCAUCUUAGAACACAUCAGAGAGUUCAUACUGGAGAGAGACCUUACAAAUGCAAAGACUGUGAUAUGUCCUUUAAACAGGUAGGGCAUCUUAAAACGCAUCAGAGGAUUCAUUCCGGAGAGAGACCUUACAGUUGUCAGGAAUGUGACAAAUCCUUUACUAGGUGUUCCUACCUCAAAGCACAUCAGAAAAUUCAUACUGGAGAGAAACUUCACAAGUGCAAAGACUGUGACAUGGCCUAUAUCUAUGUUUCAAACCUUAGAAGACAUCAGAGAGUUCACACUGGUAAGAAACAUACUAUUAUAAAUGAUGUCAUAUAACAUUGUAUUCUCUUCUUAUAAAUCCCAACAGUAUACAUAACAGAAGCAUAAAGAUAAGAAACUUGCAAAAGCCUUGAAAGAUACUUUAAAUGUUAGAAAAUAUCAUGGAGUUUAUAUUAAAAUAAAAUUCUGUAGUAGGAGCUUUGUGAAUUUUUAUUUAAUGUGUAUGGCUCCUUUGUCUGCAACUCUUUCUGUGCACUACAUGUUUAUCUGGUUCCUGUGAAUGCCAAAAGAAGGCAUAAGAUUCCCUGAAACUGGAUUUCUAGACAGUUGAGAACUAUUGUAUGUGUGUUGGGAAUUGAACCCUGGUUCUCUGGAAGAGUAACCAGUGCUCUUACCCACUAAGCCAUGUCUCCAGCUCCUAGGAAAGCUGUAAUAAAAUCAUUUAUCUUGGCAGGGCAGUGGUGGUAGCACAUGAUUUUAAUCCCAGCACUGUGGAGGCAAAGGCAGGUGGAUACAUGUGAGUUUGAGGCCAUCCUGGUCUACAUAGCUAGUUACAGGACAACCAAGUCUGUUACAUAAAAUCCCAGUCUCAAAUGCAAAAAGAAGGCAACCUAAAAGCUGUUUAUCUUGUUCAACAUUCAAGAAUUCAUAAUAAUGCCAGGCUAGGUAGUGCAUGCCUUUAAUCCCAGCACUCAGGAAGCAGAGGUAUGAAAAUGUCUAGUCUGAGACCAACCUUGUCUACAUAGUUCCAGGACUUCCAAGAGUGGAUAGACCCUACAUCAAAUAAGGACAAAAUAUAGUAACAAAAUAUAUGACAAAGACCUCUAAUUGUGCUGUACAUCACAAAAUUCUUAAUUCUGGGAAAACAUAUAGAGGUAGACCAUAUAUAAUCCCCAUGUCUUGAUGUUGAUUUGAAAUAACACCCAUAAAUCAUUGAAAUAACACUGAAAGUGCCAAAAUAAAAGCAAAUUCAGAGGUAGGCCCCUGCUAGUGACCUCCAAGGGAGCAGGCCUGAUCCAGCAAACUACAGUGGACUGGGCCACAGUCAGCGACCUCGCCUGGAUAUCAAUCCACACCCCUACAAACACCUGAUUUUUGACAGAAGAAAUAAAAUACAAAAUUUAAAAAAGAAAGCAUAUACAACAAAUGGUGUUGGCAUAACUGGAUAUCAAGAUGUAGAAGAAUAAAAAUAGAUCCAUAUCUAUUGCCAUGCACAAAAUUCAAAUCUAAGUGGAGCAAGACCUCAACAUAAAAUGAACCAUACUGAACUUCAUAGAAGGAAAAGUGGGAACUACACUUGAACACUUUAGCACAAGAGACCACUUCCUAAAUAGAACCUGAGUAGCAAAAACACUGAGAGCAAUAAUAAGUGGGACUGCCUGAAACUGAGAAGCUUCUGCAAAGCAAAGGACAUGGUCAACAAGACAGAAUGACAGUGUACAUCUUGGGAAAAGAUCUUCACCAAUCCCACAUCAGAGAAAGAGCUGAUCUCCAAUAUAUGCAAAAAAAAUCAAGAAACUGGUCAUCAAAAGAACAAAUAAUCCAAUAAAAAGUGGGUAUAGCACUAAACAGAGAACUUUCAACAGACGAAUCUAAAAUGGUUGAAAGACACUUAAGGAAAUAUUCAACAUCCUUAUCCAGUAGAGAAAUUCAAAUCAAAGCAACUCUUGAGAUUCCAUUUUACACCUGUCAGAAUGGCCAAGAUCAAAAACACUGAUGACAACUUAUGCUGUAGAGGAUGUGGUUAAAGGAAAUACUCCUCCAUUGCUGGUGGAGUGCAACCCUGUACUGCUGUUUUGAGAAUCAGUAUGGCGAUUUCGCAGAAAAUUAGGAAACAACCUUCCUUAAGACCCAUUAAUACCACUUCUGGAUAUAUAACAAAGGAUGCUCAAUCAAUCCAAAAUGACAUGUGCUCAACUAUGUUCAUAGAACCAUUAUUUGUGAUGGAAACAACCUAGAUACCCCUCAACCGAAUAAUGGAUAAAGAAGAUGUAUAUUUACACAAUGGUGUAUUACACAGUGGGAAAAAAUGACAUUUGCAGAUGAAUGGAUCUAGGAAACAUCAUAUUGAGUGAGGUUACCCAGACCCAGAAAGACAAAUAUAAUAUGUACUCACUCAUAAGUGACUUUUAGAGAUAAAGCAAAGACAACCUACUAUUCACAACCCCAGAGAAUCUAGACAACAAAGAGGACCCUAAGAGAGACAUACAUGGAUGUAAUCUACAUGAGAAGUAGAAAAAGACAAGAUCUGAGUAAAUUGGGUGUGUAGGGAUCAUGGGAGAGUAUAGGGGCAGCGAAUUUGGUAUGAAACUACACAAGAAAUGCUGUAAUAGAGUCGCAUCUUUGUUUACUUUUAAAGUCUUUAGUAGAGCCAAAACUUAAAGUAUCAAGAAGGUAAGGAACU